AUGACAAAAAAAAAAGAAAAACCAAUUAAUAGUUUUACAUGCCCAACCAGAAUAUCACUAGAAAAAUUACACGAAAUGUUUGAGAAAUUAAAUAAUGAACAAAGAGAAUUUGCAAUGCAUGAACUACAUUUUUUUAAACUUGACCGAUUGCCACUUAAAACAUAUUUAAGUGGAUCAGCUGGAGUAGGAAAGAGUUAUCUGAUUAAUUUAUUAUAUCAAUUAAUAACAAAUCAUUUUGAUAACGAACCAGGUGGUGAUUUAGAUAAAAUGACUGUACUAUUAACAGCUCCAUCUGGAAAAGUGUCAUUUUCAUUGCCACUUAAUCAAUAUGGAGGUCAAAUGCCCAAAUUGUCAAGUGAUGUAGCAAAUCAAAUUCGAUCAAAAUUGAUGUCUGUUAAAUUGAUAAUUAUGGAUGAAGUUUCAAUGAUUGGUUCAAGAACAUUUAAUUUAAUUGACGUCAGAUUAAGACAAAUAACAGGUAUCAAUAAGCCAUUUGGAAAUAUAUCUAUUAUUGUGGUUGGCGACUUUAUGCAAUUACCCCCCGUAAGAGAUCGUUACGUUUUUCAAUUACCAAAUAAUCAUGAAUAUAAAGAUUUAUUUGAUCGCAAUCCUUUAUGGGAUGAAUUCAGCAUCUAUGAAUUAACACAAAUUAUGCGGCAAAAAGGUGAAGCAGAAUUUAUAAAUGCUUUAAAUAAUUUAGCUGUUGGAAAAAUGACAGAAGAAGAUAUUAAACUCGUAAAGUCUUGUGAAGUUAAGAAUUUAGACGAUAUACCAAAGACAGCAAUCAGAUUGUAUGCUACAAACGCUAAAGUAAAUCAUUACAGUUCAACUUAA